AGAAUGCUUUCUCUCCAGUUCAAGUAAACUAAUAAGCCAAACAGGCUCUUCUUAUAUAUGCCAUUUUCAUGAUUUAUUGCAGAUGCAUACACACAAAGUAAUCGUCAAUACAAGUUCUGCGGUUUAGGAAACCAGAGCCUCAACAUGGCACCUCUUGGAGUGCUACUCUACGUUCAGGAUAGUCAUGUGACGAUGGACAACGGUAUGCUCCAAGUCACGUUAUCAAAGCCGGAGGGGAUCGUUACCGGAAUACAAUACAAUGGUCUGGACAACUUGCUUGAAGUUCUUAACGAUGAAUCUAACAGAGGAUACUGGGACCUUGUUUGGAGUGCACCAGGAAGCACAGGAACAACUGGAAUAUUUGAUGUGAUUAAGGGAACAGAAUUCAAGAUUAUUGUGGAAGAUGAGGAACAAGUUGAAAUUUCCUUCACAAGAACCUGGUAUCCCUCCCUUGAAGGAAAAGCGGUUCCACUAAACAUAGACAAAAGGUUUAUAAUGCUUCGUGGUUCCUCCGGCUUCUACUCCUACGCCAUUUACGAGCACUUGCAGGACUGGCCUGCUUUCAACCUUGCUGAAACCAGAAUUGCCUUCAAACUUAGAAAAGAAAACUUUCACUAUAUGGCUGUAGCAGACAACAGACAGAGAUUCAUGCCCUUGCCUGAAGAUAGAUUACCAGGCAGAGGUCAAGCACUGGCUUACCCAGAAGCUGUCCUUCUAGUUAAUCCUGUUGAGCCUGAGUUCGAAGGAGAGGUAGAUGACAAGUACCAAUAUUCUUGUGAAAAUAAAGAUAUUCUAGUUCAUGGAUGGAUAUCUACCGACCAGCAAAUGGGGUUUUGGCUAAUCACACCAAGCAAUGAGUUUCGAUCUGGAGGGCCAGUUAAACAAAAUCUAACUUCUCAUGUCGGUCCAACUGCUCUUGCCGUAAGUUGA